UCUGAAGGAUACACCCAAGCCAAACUUGGUAGGGACCAAGCCCCCAGGCACUCAGGGGCGGCGCCAGGCUGGGCUCGGCUCGCGCCACACCCCUGAUGAACGAGCGGUCCGUUGCCCUGUCACUCAUGUUAGGGACCGGAAGUCCCGCCCCUCCGGGAUGAUGGAGUAUGGCCUAGGUUAGACCGUUCCGCGGUGCUGUAACUUUCAUCUUUAGGUUCCCGUUCUGCUGGCGCGGUGUCGGGUAGCGGUUUGGGGACCAUUCAGCAGGGCGCCUCUGUUCUCGACCCUGGAAAUGCCAUGAGGUCAGUUAGCUUUGUGCAGCGCGCAGCGAUGGAAUUUAGUGGGAGCCUUUUUCCUCACGCGAUCUGCCUCGGGGACGUAGAUAACGACUCGUUAAAUGAACUGGUUGUGGGAGACACCAGUGGAAAGCUGUCUGUGUAUAAGAAUGAUGACAGCCGGCCGUGGCUCACCUGUACCUGCCAGGGGAUGUUGACUUGUGUUGGGGUUGGAGAUGUGUGUAAUAAAGGAAAGAACCUGGUAGUAGCAGUGAGUGCUGAAGGCUGGUUUCAUUUGUUUGACCUGACACCCGCCAAGGUGCUGGAUGCCUCUGGACACCAUGAGGCACUAGUGGGAGAGGAGCAGCGUCCUGUCUUCAAGCAGCACAUCCCAGCCAACACCAAGGUCAUGCUGAUCAGCGACAUUGAUGGAGAUGGGUGUUGUGAACUGGUGGUAGGACACACAGACCGUGUGGUGCGAGCCUUCCGCUGGGAAGAGCUGUCGGAGGGCACUGGACACCUGACAGGACAGCUGGUGUCCCUCAAGAAAUGGAUGCUGGAGGGCCAGGGUAAUGGACAUGAGGAGGUGGUUGCAUGUGCCUGGGAUGGACAGACAUAUAUUAUUGAUCACAACCGAACUGUUGUCCGCUUCCAAGUGGAUGAAAAUAUCCGUGCCUUCUGUGCAGGCCUGUAUGCCUGUAAAGAGGGCCGCAACAGCCCCUGCCUUGUGUAUGUCACCUUCAACCAGAAGAUCUAUGUGUACUGGGAGGUGCAGCUAGAGCGGAUGGAGUCCAGCAGUCUGCUGAAGCUGCUAGAGGCUGUACCUGAGUAUCACAGCCUGCUGCAGGAGCUGGGUGUGGAUCCUGAUGACCUCCAUGCAGCUCGUGCCCUGCUUCACCAGAUCCUCUACCAUCCAGACCAGCCACCACAGUGUCCCUCCUCCAGCCCCCAGGACCCCACCUAGCUGGUCUUGGCUCUUUGACUUCCAAAGGAUCCUCUGAACCCUCAUCCCCCUCCCCCCCCAAAAAAAGGUAUCCACAGUGUUGGCAGGAGCAGGAAUGUACUUACAAAGGGACAGAAAUGGAUAUUUGGCAUGGCAAGGUACAGUGACUCUAGGCUGACCAUGAACUAGAAGUCUCUGGAUGUUUCUUUUUUUUUUUGCUCCACAUGCCUUCAGGGCAGGUUUG